AUGUCUUCCUCAUCUCUUCAUAUCAAAACAGUGGGAGUCGUCGGCGCUGGCCUCAGUGGGAUUGUGACAGCUGCGCACUUGCUCCGCAGAGGAACCAAUGUCACUGUUUUCGAGAGAGCGAACAGUCCGGGUGGGGCCUGGAAAUUCAACCCAGAAACGGAUCGGGACCCGCCAUUUCCCAGCAUUCGACCACCGAAGCCAGAGUGGGAUGAAAUAGAAGGAUUGCAAGCAAAUGGGCUAAGCCUCGAAGACGCGGUGAAGCUAUUCGAUCCACCGGGUCCAGUAUACGCUGAUAUGAAGAGUCGGGGCAGCGAGGAAAUCAUGCGUACCUCGCUUGAGGGCUGGCCAGAGGGAAAACGGGCGCCUUUGGAUCACACCGAGGUGGUCGCUUAUCUUCAGAAAAUUGCUCGAGAUCAUCACGUCCAAGAAACGAUCAUCUUCCGCACACGGGUGGAAUCGGUUCUUAAAAGCCCAGAUGACCAUCAAUGGCAGGUUCAGACCUCGAAGCUGGUUGUUUCACCCCCAAGCUAUACACUGAGCAAGGAGUCUUGGAGCUUUGACGCCAUUGUGGUGGCUUCAGGCAGAUACGGACCGCCGCGUGUACCCGAUAUACCAGGCCUAUCCAUAUGGAAGCACAGAUUCCCAGGCCGGGUGACACAUUCAAAGCAAUACCGCUUUCCUACACCGUACCGCGGCAGAACAGUGCUGGUUCUCGGGGCAUUCAUUUCGGCCAUGGAAAUCACAAAUGAGCUUGUCAAGAACGGCGCCCGAGUUUACCAGAGCGCCAAAGACACUAGAGCUGAUCUAAGGGACAAGUCCAAGCACGAGAACGCUGAGAAAGUGGCCAUGGUCGCGGAGUUCACUCUCCAGGGCGACAAUGCAAAUCAACCCACGCCAGGCCCCCCGAUCCUAGAUGAUGAUAGCCCUAUUCCAGGGAUGGCGCGCCUCCAAGAUGGCCGGGUCAUAGAAAAUAUCCACGACGUUAUAAUCGCGACGGGAUACCUAACCGUGUUUCCAUUCCUCGGCCCUCUGCUAGAGCAACCGGAUACAGCUCCACAUGACGCCGACGGAACGGUAGUUACUACGGCCGACGGCAGAACAGUGCACAAUUUACACGAGGACAUAUUCUAUAUCCCUGAUCCAACCCUCGCAUUCAUAGGCGUUUCACAUUUCGCAUCUACCUUUUCGCUGUACGACUUCCAGGCCCAGGUCCUCGCUGCUGUGUUCUCAGGCAAAGUUCGACUCCCACCGAAAUCCGAAAUGCAAGCAGAGCAAAGGCGCAGGAAGGACCGGUUGUUGCCAGGGACUAUUCUUAAUAGUCUAUUCCUGUUGGACGAUUUCGUGAUUAGCAGGCUGAUGCGGUGGGCCAAUAAGGAUUUGAUGUCCGGUGGCUACGAGCCACUUCCAGGACCAAAUCCCGAGUGGUGGGAUGCGUUCAGGAAGGAGAGCGAAAAUUCUCGUCCCGUUAUUGGAGCUUUGCAGGACAACUACUUGGGCACUUAUGGAGUGGAAUGGCAAACGCUAACCAGUGCCCAAUUCAAGAAGAAUUGA